GUGGUGGCAGAAGAAGCCGAUAAGAUCUCGACGUUAGAACAGUACGCCUACCGCGCGUUCGCCGACGCUCUCGAGUCCAUUCCCAUGGCUUUGGCAGAGAAUAGCGGACUCGCGUCCAUCGAAACCGUCACCGAAAUCAAGUCGAGACAAAUCAAGGAAAAGAACCCAUGGCUUGGAAUCGAUUGUCUCAACAAAGGAACCUCUGACAUGAAAGUACAGCACGUGAUCGAGACGUUGACGAGUAAGAAGCAGCAGAUAAGUCUGGCCACACAAUUGGUCAAAAUGAUCCUUAAGAUCGAUGACAUCCGAUCCAAUGAAGGCAUGUUUGGCUAAUAACACUCUUCACGCCAUUGUAUUGUUUUUGUAAUCAAGUUUUGAUUUUAAUAAAAUUUUCUUUAAUCUAA